AUGUUGCGAGCGGGCUCCCGGCUGCGCGCCGCAAGCCGCCCGCUGCGCGUCCAACGGCGCGGCCUGCUCACACUCGCCAUCGAGACCUCAUGCGACGAUACGUCCGUCGCUGUGUUGGAGACCCGGGACGGCUGCCCGCGAAGAUGGCGCGCCUCGCACGACGCCGUGCUGCACUUCCACGAGAAGGUCACGGCGAACAAUCUGGAGUACAGAGGCGUCCAUCCGAUCGUCUCCCUGGAGUCCCACCAGGAGAACCUCGCUGCCCUGGUGCAGAAAGCCAUCACGCACCUCCCACUGCAGGCCGAGGACGACGACUGCUCGCAGUCAAUUGUGCACAGGAUCGCCGCCACGCACGAGGUCGAGCACCGCCAGCGCCCAGACUUCAUUUCCGUUACCCGUGGGCCUGGCAUGCGCGCCAAUCUCUUCACGGGCCUCGACACGGCCAAGGGUCUUGCCGUCGCUUGGAACGUCCCCCUCGUCGGCGUGCACCACAUGCACGCCCACGCCCUGACCCCGAGGCUCGUGUCCGCCCUGGGCCAAGAAGGCAACGAGCAAAAGAAGUCGUACAUCAGCAGCCUGUUCGGCUCAGGCACCACGACGACGGCGCCCCCUGCCGAGCCCGAGUUCCCCUUCCUGUCCGUCCUGGUUUCGGGCGGCCAUACGCUGGUCAUCAGCUCCGAGUCGUUGACCAAGCACCGCGUGCUGGGCUCGACUACCGACUGUGCCAUCGGCGACUGCCUGGACAAGGUGGCCCGGCUGAUCGUGCCGCCAUUGCUCCUCGAGAACUCGGGCGACACCAUGUAUGGGCGCCUGCUCGAGGGCUUCGCUUUUCCCAACGGGAGCAGCGACUACGCCUAUGCUCCGCCGAAGAACAGGGGCGAGGAGCUCGCGAGGCGACCUAGCAAAUGGGGAUGGGCGUUCAGCCCGCCGCUCGCCGAAUCGCCCAACGGCCUGCGAUCCAUGUCCAUGGACAUGAGCUUCACCGGCCUGCAUACCGCCGUGGAUAGGGUCGUGUCUUUCCAAUGGGACCGGCAGGUCGGUAAGCUGAGCAAGAUCCGGCGCGAGCCUGAGGACGUUGACGAGGAGGAGAGGAAAGUCAUGGCACGCGAGGUCAUGAGGGUCGCAUUCGAGCAUCUGGGGAGCCGCAUCCUGCUGGCGCUCCAGGCCAUUGCACUGCGGGAUCCGCAGCGGGCAAAGACCAUGCCCGUUGUCGUCAGCGGUGGCGUUGCGUCAAAUCGAUAUUUGAGACAUGUUCUAAGCACCUUCCUCGCCGCCCGCGGCUUCCAGGACGUCAAGCUCGUCUAUCCCCCGCCCGAGCUCUGCACCGACAAUGCCGCCAUGAUCGCCUGGGCCGGCGUCGAGAUGUUCCGCGCGGGCCACACCACCCCACUCGUCUGCCGCGCUCUACGCAAGUGGAGUUUGGAGGAGCUGCUGACGCCCCCGAAUGGUAAUUGA